AUGUCGGCGAUAGCCCAGCCCAACGCCACUCUCUAUGUGAAAAACAUAGAUUGGAAGAUCAAGAAACCUCUGCUGAGACGAGCCUUGUACUCUCUGUUCACUCGCCAUGGCAAGGUCCUUGAAGUGAUUACCCUUAGACGAGAAGGAUUGAGAGGACAGGCUUUCGUCAUUUACAAUGAUGUGCAGUCGGCAACAGCGGCGUUGCAGAAGGAACAGGGGUUUACUUUCUUUGGGAAGGAUUUGAUGCUCGAAUAUGCUCGGGAAAAAUCGGAUCGAAUUGCCAAGCGAGAUGGAACCUACGUACCCAAAGCCAAGCGGAAGAAGGCCGUUGCAGCAGCUGCUGCUGAAACGACAAAUACUCCCGCGGAUGCCCCUAUGGAUGCUGCGGGCGAUGCAAGUGAUGCGGCUGCCGCCUCUUCCGAACCAACGGCUCAACCUUCGCGCAUCUUGUUUGCCAAGGAUCUGCCAGAUGAGUGCAACGAAAUGAUGCUCUCCAUGUUGUUUCGACAGUAUGCCGGAUUCAAGGAAGUUCGAAUGCCUCGGCCUGGACUGGCAUUUGUGGAGUUUGAGGAUGAACCACGCGCUGCUCUGGCACUGCAAGGAUUGAAUGGAUUCAAUCUGACAAACAAGGAUCAAUUGAAAUUGACCUAUGAUGAGUUUGCAGAGGCGAUAGUUGCACCCAAAUCUUGGGUGAAUGGGAUACACACCGUAAAUCCAAACGACAACAACCUGCCUGAUCUAUCUUGA